UUUAGUUUAUGAACUUCUGCUUCUGCCUUGUGUAUAAAACAGCGUAGUGCAGGGCUGGUGGGCAGAAGGCUUCUUCAUUUUACUCGGUGUUUUUGUAUUUUGCUCUUUUCACUAAAAGUUUUUGGAUCCUGAUCUAUUUCAUAAUUUUGAUUUUUCUGCCAAAAAAAAAAAUAAAUAAACAAUUAACUAAAACACAGAAACCAUUUUUAAUAUUUUGACAUUCAUCCUUCCAGAAGCUCUUCAUAUAACCUCAGAGUUGUCUGCUGAGUCAAGAUGGCAAAGUUGGUCAUUUGGGUCACUGUGUUCAUGUUAUUUGGAUCCUGUGUUGGGAUUCCACAAGCAAAGUUGAUGAAGGAAUGUAAAACUUUGCCGGAUUGCCCAAUCAAACUGGAUAUGGCUACAGACUCUGUGGAUGACAUGUACGACAAAUGUGAAAAUGACAUGGAGAGACAAGUAAAGACAUUUUUAUCAAAUGAGCAAAACACAAAUGAAAACUUCAAACAGGCUUGGAAUAAAGCUGAGGAAUACUACAAGAGUGAAUGGGAAAAUAACCCGCAGCUGAAGAAAGAACAAAUCAUGGCUCUUCAUGCGUACACCCUUGAAGACCCACCUUUAUACUGUGAUUUCAACGAAGCAGUCCGAACAAAUAAAUCUGUGUACAAAACCAAAUUUCAAUAUCACACUCUGCACUUCUACCUCACCAUGGCUCUGCGCACCAUCAAACGGAAAGCAGAAGAACAUUGUGUCACUGUUUACCGGAGAACACGCUGUAAAUUCAGCAGAGAUGUUCUCAACAAACAGAUUCGUCUCGGCGCUUUUUCCUCCAGUUCGAUGGGUGACUAUUCUGAUGAACAGUUUGGCACCCAGUCAUGCUUUGAGAUCUCCACCUGUUUUGGAGCAAGCAUCUCAGAGUUCUCUGAGUUUGAGACAGAAAGUGAAGUCCUGGUCCCUCCGUAUGAGGUUUUUAAAGUAACAGAAAUAAAAGAAAGCUCUGAGGACAACGAGCUUCCAUGUGAGGUCGUCUACAAGCUGCAGAGCACAAAAACAACUCGUUCCAAUUUAAACUGUGCUCUGUUCAAGAAGAAACAUCUGCAUGGUUUUAACUGAACAGUCUGGAAAUAAAAGUAACUGCAAAUUUGGGCAUAAUUUGAGAUUUUUAAAAGAAAAUUGGCUACUCAGUUCUAUUUUACAAUUAGAUAUUAAAAUAAAUAUACAACUGUGAGUGUGUACACCUACAUUCGCUACGGUCUACAAAAAAAUUAUGAAAAAAUGCUCUAAAUUGUAAAGCUGAAAUUAAAUGACAGGUAACAUUGAAAUCUUAAUUUACAGAAGUGCACAUUAGUUUGAACUACAACCUU